AUGGUCCUGGUGGCGAACGCAGGCCUUCGUACUCCAUCAGGUACACUAGCCCAUUACCUAACAGCGUACACGCCGGACUCGUUCACGCGUAGCGACUAUCUCAGACCACAACUCUCCACUUACACAGCAGACUCGUUCACACGAAGCGAUUAUUAUCUACGACCGCCAUCACCGGUACAACCGAGAUCGUCGCUGUCACUGAGGGCCGAUAGUAUGGAUGUUCCGCGUAUAAUGCACACGUCGAGUGUGCAUUUGAUAAGGCAAGCGCGCGUCCGCUCGCCUCCGUCACCGGAGUGCGACUGCCUCCCGAUCGACCCGAUACCCCCGCCGGAGCUGUUCGAUUUU